AAAAUCAAUAUGGAGGCUGUGUGCAUGAUCGUUUUUUAAUAAAAUUAAAUAUCCAGUUGUAAUAGUUUAGUUUCCUGAGGUGCUAGCGAAGAAAGUCCAAGACAUGAAAUGGACCGUAUUUUAUUGGUUAUUAGUAGUAAUAGUUAACUGUGUUGAUUUUAGUAGUAGUAGUUUGGAAGAUCCAUACAAAACCUUAGGCAUUCCAAGAUCUUCUACAGUCACUGAAAUAAGGAAAGCUUAUAAACAACUCGCUAAAGAAUGGCACCCAGACAAGAAUGACGAUCCUGCCGCAGAAGACAAGUUUGUUGAGAUAACACAAGCCUACGAGUUGCUGACAGACCCAGAGAGACGGAAGCAGUUUGACAAUUUCGGGCGGAUGGAGGAGCCUCGGGCACGCCGCGAGUACCGGCGGUAUGACCCCAUGGACGAACUGUUCGCCGGGACCGGAUUCCGGUUCCAGUACUCUGAUCGAGACAUCACACUCUUCCACAAAUUGUCCAUUACCACCAGAGCGUUUGAGAACAUGCUGGUCCCCAAGAGUUGGCGUACGCCGUAUCUGAUCCUGUUCUACUCGGACUGGUGCUUCGCGUGUCUUCAAGUCGAGCCAGUCUGGAGGCGAAUCAUGGAGGAGCUUGAACCUAUCGGGGUGGGUAUAGCGACCGCGCACGCAGAGAACGAGCCAAUGCUAGCACGCCGCGUCAGUGUGCACUCGCUGCCUUGUCUCGUGUUGCUGAUUGACGGAAAACCUGUUGUCUACAAGGAGAAUCUCUUUAGUGUACAAAAGGUUGUGGAAUUUGUACGCAAUAAGCUGCCGUACCGUCUGAUCCAGAAUAUAGGGGAUGAUGGACUGGACAGUUUCCUGUCCGGGUGGAUAGACAAUAAGGUGCGAGGUCUGGUGUUCCAAAGACAGGGGCCAGUCAGACUGCGCUAUCUACUCACUGCCUUUGCGUACCGGGAGAGAGUUGCGUUUGCGUUCGUCCAGACCAACACGGCCAAGGGGGAGGCUGUGAGAGCGCGGCUACAGGUACCUCCAGACAUGGACUCUCUGCUGCUGUUCAACGAGAACACUGAACGCCCAGUGGCCAGUGUGUCCAUGAUCAACAUCCCUGUGCAGACUCUGCAAGACGUCAUCAACUCCAACAAGUAUCUCCUGCUGCCCAGGCUUUCCUCACAGGAUCUCCUAGAUGCUCUGUGUCCAGCAAGUGCAUCCCCUCGCAAACGACUAUGUGUACUAUUGGUCUCACAGAACACCCCCCACCACGAGCCCCACCGUCAGAGUCUACGCAGGUUCGCUCAGGAAGCUAACUACGCAGACAAGGUGUGCUUCAUGUACAUCUUCCAGGAACGCCAGGUCGAGUUUGUUCAUGCCCUUCUUUCAGGAGAGAGCAGUCCACUGGAGCCGCUGGUGGCCAUAUUGUGGAGGAGAGACCAGAAACAUAUCAAGUACGAGUGGCUACCUGAGGGUCAGGACUGGGCGAGUUACAACACGACCAAGCAGCACCUGGAGCCAGCGAUAGAGCGGCUGCUGCGUGCCGCGCAGGCUAUGCCACAUGAAGCGGUGAUCGGAGAACUGAUAGAUGAGCAGGCACAGGGACUCAUCUCCAAGGUGAUCACCAGGUUGAUGGUGACCUACGACGUCCUGAGGGACAACCUGGACAAGGAGCAUGUCCUUCCUGUGGUGUCUGUCAUCGCCACGAUCGUCGUCAUCCUGGCAGCCGGUUACCUCAUGGCCUACCUCAUGAAACUGGAGGAAACCCGGGUGCAGGAGGAGUAUGCCAGUAAGCCCCAGCGCAGCAGCAAGCCCCAGGUGUACCAACCGUCGCUGAGGCUGCACGAACUGCGGGCCGAGACAUACAACGGUUUGGUACGCCUGCUGCGACCUGGCUGCCGCACCAUUCUGCUGCUGGUGGACACCCAGAGUCGAGCCACACUGUUGCCAACCUUCCACAAGACCGUGUGGCCUUACCGCAAGAACAAGACUCUUCUGUUCGCACACCUCAACCUCGACAGGGGUAUUUCCUGGUACAAGGAACUUUUAUCGCUAAGCCUGGUGGAAUCCCGGGACCAACCCCUCAACAUCAACCCCCGCAACUGUAUCGGCACUGUCUUAUCGCUCAAUGGUCUGCGCAAGUACUUCUGUAUGUACCACGCCAAACAUCCGGAGUGUAUAGGCACCAAAGGGAACAAGCGGAUGAAGAGGAUGACCAAGCAGUUGUCGGUGGAUCCAGCUGGAUCAUUCAUGGGCUUCGACGACACGGACUCGGAGGACAGUGACUUGUCAGAUGUGGAGCAAGGAUUGAAGUCUAUUAAUCAGAAUGGAGACAAAUACAGUCAUGUAAUCUUCCAAGAGAACCUGUUGGACGGUCUGCCCAACUGGUUGGACCGGUUGUUCGAGGGCUCUACACAUCGGUAUUAUAUCAACUACUGGCCCGACUUUAACGCCAAGUGAGCAUCGCAAUCGCAGCACGCCAGUGUCUCGCGCUCUGCGGUCGGACUGUGUCGAUCUCGUGGAAAAGUGCUCUUCAAAUGUAUUGAAGCUAAAGCACUUUGAAAAAUUAUGAUGAUGUUAGUUAGAGUUAUAAAAUUAUUAUCUUCUUUUAGUUGAGUUAUAUUUUCAAAAUUAGUUGUAAAACGUAAUAGCUUUAAAUAAGCAACACACGAAAGAAGUGUUGUUUUUAUGUAAUUAAACGUGAACCAGUAAUAUUUUUGUUAUUUUUUGAA